AUGGUGAGGAACAUUGAUGACUUCGAUUUUUGCCUUCCAUCCCAUCCUCAAUCUAUUCUGGAAGGACUACAGACCCUACGUUCCAACCCCAAACUUUCAGAUGUCACUUUGAUUGUUGGGGGACAGAAAUUCCCUUGCCACCGCAGUAUUCUGGCCCUCUGUAGUCAGUACUUCAAUGCUAUGUUUGCUGGUGACUUUAUGGAAAGCUUUUCAGCGCAUGUAGAGAUCAAAGAUGUAGAUCCUAUCACUAUGGAGUCCUUGCUUAAUUUUGCUUACACAGGAAAAGUGACCAUCAAUCAGAGGAACGUGGAAGCCUUGAUUAGGACAUCCAGCCAACUCCACUUCCCCGUCAUCCAAAAAGUUUGCAGUCGGUACUUGAGACAGCAGAUGGAUGCAUCCAACUGUUUAGGCAUUUGUGAGUUUGGAGAGAUGCAUGGCUGUUCAGAGAUUUCAUCUGAGGCGUGGUCGUUUUUGCAAGAAAACUUUGAACUUGUAUCUCAACAGGAAGAGUUUCUUCAACUAUCGAAAGAGAGGCUAAUUAUUUAUCUGUCGAACAACCUACUGCAAGUACAAAAAGAACAGAGCCUAGUUGAAGCUGUGCUCAGGUGGGUCAAGUAUGAAAAAUUGGCCAGAGUGAUGCACCUUCCAGAGCUUCUUGACCUAGUGCAUUUGGUUUCAUUGCCAGAUCAGUAUCUGCAAAACAUGUUGUCAUCUGAACCACUGAUUCAGGAAUCAGAAGCUUGCAAGGCUAUCAUUGCUAGACAUCGGAGCACGAGACUGAAGGCCCUUCCACAGAAGCUAGAAGAGGUGCUGGUGGUUGUGGGAGGCAGAGCUUUGGAAGAAAAUGAUGAAGAUGAAGAGGAGCCACACUUCUCCAGAAAUGUUGCUUUUUAUAAUACUAAUACUAAAACAUGGAUUGCUUUGCCUGAUUUUCCAGAUUACAAUAAAUGGGGCUUUUCUAUGAUUGCUCUAAACAACAACAUUUACAUUACAGGUGGCUCCAGAGGAUCACAGAAUGACACAUGGUCUACAACACAGUCCUGGUGCUUCUGCCUUAAGAAGGCUGCCUGGAAGUCCAUUGCUCCAAUGCUGAAGCCCCGAACAAAUCAUGCCAGUGCUGUUCUCAACGGAGAGAUCUAUGCUAUUGGUG